AUGGCGGCGAACAAACGAGUGUUGUACAUUGGUGGUCUGGCAGAAGAAGUGGACGAGAAGGUGUUACAUGCAGCGUUUAUUCCCUUUGGGGACAUUGUAGACAUUCAAGUUCCAUUAGACUAUGAGACAGAAAAACACAGAGGCUUUGCAUUCAUUGAGUUUGAAUUGGCAGAGGAUGCAGCAGCUGCUAUUGAUAACAUGAAUGAGUCUGAGCUUUUUGGUCGGACUAUAAGAGUCAACAUUGCCCGUCCGAUGCGAAUCAAAGAAGGAUCAUCUCGCCCCGUGUGGUCUGAUGAUGACUGGCUAAAGAAGUUCUCAGGCAAAACUAUAGAAGAGGCUGAGGCAGAAGGGGCCUCAACCGGAGAGUCUGCCAGCACCACCAAACAGGAGGCUGAGCCACCGGGUAAAAAGGGGAGAGUAAAUCCCCAAGUUUAUAUAGAUGUGAAGAUUGGCAACAAGGCAGCUGGAAGGAUGCGGUUUCUUCUGCGUGCUGAUAUUGUCCCUAUGACAGCGGAAAACUUCCGGUGUCUAUGUACUCAUGAAAAGGGCUUCGGCUUCAAGGGAAGUAGUUUUCAUCGUAUCAUUCCUCAGUUCAUGUGCCAGGGAGGUGAUUUCACCAACCACAACGGCACUGGAGGCAAAUCCAUCUAUGGAAAAAAGUUUGAAGAUGAAAACUUUAUCCUGAAACACACCGGCCCUGGGCAGCUCUCCAUGGCCAACUCUGGACCAAACACAAAUGGCUCACAGUUCUUCAUCACAAAUGACAAGACAGACUGGCUUGAUGGAAAACAUGUUGUUUUUGGUGAACUAGUAGAAGGAAUGGACAUAGUUAAAGCAAUGGAGGCACAAGGAACAAAAGAUGGGAAGCCAAAACAGAAAAAACGGCAUAGGAGCGUGUGGGUGAGAGGCAAAGGGAGCGUUGGUUUGAAUCAACAAACAAGGAAGAAAGAAAGAAAGACCAAGCUCUGA